AUGGCUUCUAUCGGGUUUACUCUCUUCUCUGCCUCAAAGGCUCAGAACAAAAUCACAACCACUCUCGGUCGUAUGUCGCUGGACAGUGUCCCUGUUCUCAGCCAAGACAGCGCCAAUCUUGAGGAGCAACAACCUACUAGUAGAGACGACUUCACAAUCUUUGAUAAUGGUUCCCAAGAGAGAUUCCGUCCAGCCAACGGCGACAUAGACGUCCGUUUCGAAGAUGGAACGAGAGUCACAGUCCCAGAACUGCAAGGAACAGUCAGCGUCCUCCAGGAGCGAUCUCCCAACAUCAUGGGCAGAGCAAUCGACCACAACAGAGACUACGGUCGACUAUCCGUCACCGUCACCAGAGAGCAUGCAUUUGCCGACGAGAGACUCUUCGAAGUCCUUCAUCUUCUUCAUCCCGAUCCCGAUCAGGCCACUGAAGGCCGAUACCUCACUACUGAGCAAAUCCAACGCUACGCUCGGAAUCUCUCAAUGGAUGCCGCCAUCGACCAACUCCACGAUCCCCUCAUCUACGAAGACCGACAAGUUCUUCGCCACAUCGUGCGGCUGCUGGACAUACGCCGUCAAGAGCUCUUGCAUCACGGCAUCAGCGUCGACGAGAAUAUGCCGAACGUCGAGCUGCCGGAGAAUGUCUACGAAGUUGACCAAAUUGCAAUUGCAGGUGGCCAAACCUUCGAUUACCCCUUUCUCCUUCGCGCUAUUGAAGCCAUCGAUACCGUCGCUCAAAGCAUCUGGUAUUACGAUGAAGAGGAACAGGAGGAGAACAAGGAGAACAUUCCCCCUGAGCUCUUGGACUAAGAUGGAAUGCAGGAAGAUGAUGCAGAGUACAUAAUUAAGGCCUGCUGGGAAGGACAAACAACACAGGGACAAUGCCAGGGGCUCAAGUCCUACAACUCUUGGUGAUUAUGAAACUCAGUAGUCUCAGGACAUCAUGACGAGCAUGAGAUUUGAGCAAUGAGACACGAUUGGAUGAUUAAUGGGGGGGUUUUGCACUAAGCGACUGGGAUCGCUUGGAGUUUUGGAGCGUUGCAUAGCGUCCUGCGUUUGAAGCCAUUACGAACUUGGAGUUCAUAGACGCAC